CUGCUUCCAAGUCAACAAUAUACUGGCAAGUGGAGUUUACUUAUUUGGCGAGAUCCCUUCCACUGGACAUUUUCAAACAAAUUCCAUUUUUUGUGAAUUGUAUUAGCUCAUACUUUGAAACAAAAUGCCAAAGAAAAAGACGGGUCAAAGAAAGAAGGCUGAAAAGCAGAAAUUACGCCAGAAAGAGAUCCGUUCUGGCAAAGAAAUGAAACCGUUAGCUGACUGGGCAUGCAACUCGAAUAUGGAAUGCGAUAGAUGUCAACGAAAGCAGAAACUUCGCGCUUUCUGUUACUUUUGCCAGUCACUUCAACGACUUCCAAUGUGUGGUCACUGCGCCAAAGUGAAAUGCAUGUUGAAAACUGGGGACUGUGUUAUCAAGCACGGAAGUGUUUUUACGACUGGAUUGGCAAUGGUGGGUGCCAUUUGUGAUCACUGUGAGGCUUGGAUCUGCCAUGGUAAGAAAUGCCUGAGUGUACAUGGAUGUUUGUGCCCCCUGCAAGAUGCUGUUUGUGCUGAAUGCGAUAGAAAUGUGUGGGGUCACGGUGGAAGGAUCUUUCAGUGCUCAUUCUGCUCCAAUCACCUCUGUGAAGAUGAUCAGUUUGAGCAUCAAGCUUCUUGCCAAAUUCUGGAAGCCGAAACGUACAAGUGUCAGUCGUGUAAUCGACACGGCCAGUACUCUUGCCUCAAGUGUAAGAUCUGCUACUGCGAGGAUCACGUCAGGCGUAAAGGCUUCAAGUACGAACGUGGCCAGCCGGUGCCCUGUCCGAAAUGCGGCUUCGAGACAAACGAGACCAAAGAUAUGAGCAUGUCAACUCGAACACACAAAUAUGGCAGGCAGAAACCUGCUGGAGACUACGGCGACGACGACGAAGAAGGAGAUGAUUACGGAGAUGCAGAUUAUUCUGGUGGCGCUACCGGUGGUGGAUCUUAUUCCUACACUUACGAUGACGAUGAUGAUGAUGACGACGACGACGAUGACGACGACUCGUCAGAUGAAGAGGAUAGCGACGACUCCGGUGAAGAGGAGGAAGAAGAGGUGAAAGAAGCCGAUGCUGGAAAAAAGCCCUUAGAAGUGAAAACUAAAGAAACUGAAUAGAUUUGGAACAUACCAUUCGUUAGGUCAAAUAAACCAUGGACGAUU